GUUUAAAGAUUGUUAAUGGUAAUAAUAAAUAAAAAGAUCUUAAAUACACCUUCUCCUCGAACAUACUAAAGUCACAUCAAAGUAGGUCGUGUUUGAGGGAUUUAAGUGUCUUUUCAUAAUGUUGCUAGUCCGUUGGAAGCUGGCUUUCUUUGUUUUUAUGUGCACCCCUUUGAGCAUUAUUGCAUUUAUAGCUGCUGGGAGUACAAGUUUGUGGACAUUUAAGAAACGCGUCAUAACAAAGUCGGAAAGGAAAAGCCAUACGGCUAUACAACUAGCCAAUCGAUCCUACAAAGUGAAAGUUAACAUUUCGACACAUCAAACAUGGAUAAAAAACGUGACAAUCCUUGUUAACGGCGCUUUCACACGCCAAACAUGGAGAAAUAACAAUACAAGCAAUCAUGUUGACCAAGAAAACAAUGCGAAGCCAAUAGAUCAGAUCUCAAGAAGCGAUAACGAUGAGUUUUUGUUUCAUGAGUAUGUUCAAUCAGUUGUAGAUGUUAUAUCAACCUUAACAUCGUUCGUGUUUUUCACACUUGGUGUUGUUCUUCUUCAUAUAUACGGAAAGCAAUCGUGUACAAAGACCUUUAUACAUAAACAUCUAAUGGCGUCAUCUGCAGCAUCAUGUGCGCUGUAUCUUUCAGCAAUUGCAUUUCGCGAACAGUAUGAUAAUUUCCAUCCACUUUGUGUAACAACAAUGGUGUUAAAACACUGUGCAUUGAUUGCAGGCACAGCUUGGAUGACUGUCGAGGGAAUAAACUUGAUAAUCGUUAUUGUGUUGGUUUUUCAAUUGAAACAAAAACUACAUCUUACCUACUUUUCUAUUGGUUAUGGUGUGCCAGUUGUUAUUACUGCUAUAACACUUGCUUGUUUCUAUGAAGAAUUUUAUUAUACAGAGGAUUGCUUAUCAUUGAGAAGCUCAUUGUGGCUUCUAAAGGCUCCAAUGGCUGCAUUUUUAAUGGGAAACUUUGCAAUUCUUUUAAUAUUGUUUUACCAUAUGCACAGCAAAAGCGAAUGUCCCAACCCUCGCAGAGAGAGACGGGCAGUGAAGGCAUUCUUCGUGUUGUCCCACAUGUUGGGCACGCCGUUCAUUAUGGCUUUAUUCAUUGAAUACAGUCCAAUAAUUUUGUCCUACAUAUACCUCCUUGUUAGCGGAUUUUACGGUGUUAUUAUUUUUGUUCUCUUUUGUGGAAUGGAUAAAGAAGUUAGGAGGAACACAAAGAUGUCUUGCAGCGCAUGUUGUUACCAUAAAAAAGAGGAUUGGACCGAGUUUAAAUUAUGAAUUUUUUUCAAAUAAGAAAGUGUUCGCUAGUGGUGAGGCAUUUGUGUUUCCCGAUGACUAUGAAAUCCCAGCACGUAAAAUAUAAAAAAAUGGCUACAAAGAAGGAGCUACCUCGAACGAUGGUCACUUUCGUUUACUACUGACAUCUUUGUUUACAUUUUAUCUGGUGAUUAUGCGGACGCAUUUUAAUUACGUAAUUGUUUUAUAUGCGAACGUACGUAAUUUUUAAAACUGCAAACUCGUUUCCUUGCCGAAAGAAACUGGUUUUUAUAGCUCAAAGCAGGCAGGAUUUAUCAGAAAGUAAAGAACCAGUCCCAGUUUAUGGUUUAUCAUCAAAGAAAUCAUGUAAAAUAUGAAAAUAGUAUUAAGUCACAUUAACGCUAAUUCCCGCGUUGUGAGAAUUUUUACGAGACAUUUUUAACUGCAUUGUUUUCUGGUAAGUAUUUAUGUAAUUACAGACGACGCUCGAUAUCUCGAACUCUCAGGGGACAGACAAAAAAAGUUCUAGAUAAAAAAUAGUCAAGAUAUUAAGUGUCGAAAGGCUCUAAAGGCACGUAAUCACCCUGUAGGCAACUUUUUUUGAGGUGCCUAUUUUAUUGUAAAAAUUGAAAGAUAUACAUGAGAAAACAUUACCCAGAAAAUUUUAUUGAAAACUGACAACCAGAACAUGUUCAAAUGUUUCAUGGAAAUAACAAACUCACCCCAAUUUCUCUUCGCCUACAGAACCGCCAUUGCAUUUCAUUGCACGAAUCAUGCGAUAAUAAACAUGGUUGCUGGAUUCAUGCCAUUACAGAAAAAAUAAUGAAGGAGGGAGAAUAUCCGUAGCUGUGUUUCCAUCGUAAUGCUUUUAUAAAUGUAUCAACAAAGUUCCGAACAUGAUAAGUCAGAUAAAUCAAUCGAAGUUUCUGUGUUAUUCUUUAUUAUUGAAACGUUUUAACUUACUGAAAUCAGACUUCUUUGCAACACUGACCACUUGUUGUUGUUUCUGAAGAAGCUUCGCCUUGCUAGCUGUCUUACUUUUUGAUUAUUUUCCUUUGUUUAAACAGUUAGUCGUUUCCUUAUGAAGACAGUAUCAAAUCUACACAAUUAGAAUACCUAAAUAUUCAGAAUUUCCCCUUUCAUGCUCUAAAUUUAAUUAUCUCCAUAGUGCUUCAACUAUCUUCAACUAUCACAAUGAGCAUU